AUGGCGGCUGUUGACAGAAGGAUCUGAACCAGUGUGAUGUGGCCCAAGCAGACAUGGAGAAGUUUGGGAUGAGUUUUGGAGGCGGUCCCAGCAGAAAGGAGCUGCUGGAGGUCACUGAGUCCCAGAAAAAGCAGCUGGUCCAGUACCAGACCCGCUUUAAGGAUGUGGUCCGGGCCUACAAGAGUCUCCUGAAAGAGAAGGAGGCUCUGGAGGCCAGUCUGAAGGUCCUGACUGUGACCCAGGAUGUGGACCUGAACGCCACUGGGGGCCCAGACCUGCUGGAGGACGGCUGCUCGCAGCACAGUGAGGACAGCGUAGAGACGGCAGCAUCUGUGGAUGCAGCCAGCGACACCGCUCAUGAGGAGGAGCUGUCAGAGCCGGGCCAGAAGUCCAGCUCCUCUGAGGUGGACGCCGAGGAGGCGGAGCAGCCGCAGGCUCCACCCACCUCCAAUGUGGAAGCCGAUCGGCGUGUCGCCCAGCUGAAGAGCCAACUGAGCACGCUCACCGCCUCCCUGGCUACAGUGACCCAGGAGAAAUCUCGGAUGGAGGCGAGUUUCCAGGCGGACAAGCGCCAGCUGAAGCAGGAGGUGGAGGAGCUGCAGGAGCAGCUGGUCGUCAUGGCCAAACAGCAAGAGUCAGAGCUGCAGUCCCUACAGCAGCAGCUGGCGGAGGGCCGCGCUCGCAUCAUCACGCAGCAGCACGAGAGGGAGCAGGAGCAGGGAGACCACGCCCAGCAGCUCAGGGAGCUGCAGAGACUCCUGCAGCAGGAGCGAGACCUCCGGCAGGAUGCCGAGCUGCGCCUGCAGGAUGCCAAAGCCGAGCUGCUCGCCUCCCUGCAGGCUGCAGACCGAGGGGCGGAGUCAGAGGUUCAACUGAGUCAGGUGAGGGAGGAGAGGAACCAGCUGCGGAGGAGGCUGAAGGCUGUGGAGGAGGAACAGAAGAAACCAGAUCCCCUAGUGGAGGAGCUGCAGCAAGAACUACAGGAGCUGAAGAACUCCUUCCAGCAGCAGAUCCACAUGGAGACCAAGAAGGGAUCUGAGGCUGAGGAGCGUGCUCGUGAGCGUGCACAGGCUACAGAACUACGGGUGGCCGGUUUGGAGCAGCGGAUCUCAGAACUGUCAGAGCUCCUGGGGUCCUGCGAGAAGGCGAGGCAGCGAGACCAGCAGGUGGCUCAGAGGCUGCGGGACCGGAUCCUGCAGCUGGACACAGAAAACAAAACUCUGGCCAUCGCCGCCUCCAGCAGGUCCAGCUGCGACUUGAGUCUGGACGAGUCACAGCUGGACGUCUCAGUGCUGAAGGAAAAGAUGCAGAUGGUGAAAAGGCUGCUGGUGCUGGCAACUCAGAAGAACCCGGACCAGAACAUCCAGGAUUUGGCCGACUCGGAGCCGGGCUCGGAGAAAGGCUCGGCGCUGGUCUACCAGCAGGAGCUGCAGCAGCUCAGGGAGGAGUUUGAGCGCUACAAGCUGCGUGCACAGGUGGUGCUGAAGAACAAGAACGCCAAGGAUGGCUGCCAGGCCAAGGAGCUGGAGGAGGUCCGGGACCAGCUGGCUGAGCUUCGGGAGAAGUACAUCAAUCUGCGGAUCCAGAGUGAUGAGGCUGAGGCACAGCACCACCAGCAGAUGGAGGAGCGGCAGCAGCAGAUGGUGGCGCAGCAGCACGCCCACAGACAGGAGCUGGAGCGGGUGGAGGCGCAGCACCGUGACGAGCUGCUGCGGCUGGAGGCAGAACUUCACAAACAACGGGAGAGGACCAUGGCUCUGCUGGAUGAGAAGGACCAGGAGCUGGAGAGGCUCCGCAGCACCGUGAUGAGCUGCAGCCGCAACAUCAGCGAUGUAACGGACGGUGGACAGGAAGUUGGCUCUGACAGCGAGGAUGACAACAUCAGCCAAGCACUGCGACAGGCCACACCCACUGAGUCUACGCUGCUGCUGUAUGCCGACCAGCUCGCCCGAAAGGAAGUCGAGGCGAGCAGGCUGCGGCAGCAGAAACACCGGCUGGAGGAGGACCUGCACCAGCUGCAGGCCAAGCUCAUCGCUAACGCUGAGCGGCACGAUGAGGAGAUGGUGGAGCUGCGUGGACAGCUGGACAAGCUGCUCCGGGACCACAGCCGAGAGGGCGCCAACCUGGAGUACCUGAAGAACGUCAUCUACAAGUUUCUGACACUACAGGACGCCAGUGGGCGGCUGCAGACACUCGGCGCCAUCGUCACCAUCCUGCACUUCAGCCCGCAGGAGAAACAGGAUGUGAUGCGGCUGCAGGGGCCAGCCUGGUGGGGCCCCGCACGCAGGUGAAGCACCUGAGGAAGUGACCAUCGGAUGUAAACGCAGUGAUGCUGUUGAGUUUCUGGGACUUGCUGUGAUCAGUAAUCUGACCCGUGGGAUAUUUUUUAUUCUUACAGUAAAUAAAAUAUUUUGUGCGGUU